AUGGUUCCGUUAUCAACAUACUUAGAAACCAACGCAAGAUGUUUCCUACUGCUGACGUCUGUGUACUCGUCCACCAUCAAGCCGAAGACCUCGCUGUUAGUAACCCGCUGCUGUACAUCUUCUUCCACAGUCUCGGCCUGGCACUACUGUAAUCAACCGACUAUUAACGAAGGAACAGUCGCUACUCCUGACGGCACACAAGCAGGUGCCACCGCCUCAUUCACGUGUAACACUAAUUUUGUUAUCUCGGGCGCUGCUAUUAGCACGUGUACAGUCGCGGGAUGGGAUCCUAAACCUCCAACAUGCAAAUGUCCAAUUCUGACUGACAUACCGGGUGGUACUGUGAACAAUCUCGCCAAAGCGGACAGUACACCCAUUGAUGGGACAGCAUCCUUCCAAUGCACGAACGGUCUGGAACUCGUCGGCAGCGACAUAAGGACGUGCAGGGCUGGUGUAGGGUGGGAGCCAGAGACGCCCUCCUGUCAGUGUGCCGCUCUUACGCCUCCUGAGAACGGGGCAGUUGAUAAAGACUCAAGCAACACAGCUAUAGGCGGGACAGCAACUUACACAUGCAACAAUGGAUUUGUUGUGACUGGGACCGCUGUCUCUACGUGUAGUGUCACUGGUUGGGAUACGGCAGCACCAUCUUGCGAAUGCCCCACCCUGACAAAUAUCAUUGGUGGCACCGUAAAUGAAGAGGUUCGGACCUCUAGCACCGCUCUCAACGGAGUCGCAACCUAUGAGUGCACAGGGGACCUGGAGUUGGUUGGUGCCUCUCAGAGAACUUGCGUGUCGGGAACAGGAUGGAGCGGAAUUGCUCCAGAAUGUCAUUGCGCCGUUCUAACGCCUCCUGCGGAAGGGGCAGUUGAUAGAAACUCCGGCACCACAGUUAUAGGCGGGACAGCAACUUACACAUGCAACAAUGGAUUUGUUGUGACUGGGACCGCUGUCUCCACGUGUACAGUCGUUGGCUGGGAUACGGCAGCACCAUCUUGCGAAUGCCCCACCCUGACAAAUAUCAUUGGUGGCACCGUAAAUGAAGAGGUUCGGACCUCUAGCACCGCUCUCAACGGAGUCGCAACCUAUGAGUGCACAGGGGGCCUGGAGUUGGUUGUACAGCUCUGGCAAGUCCAGUUGAUGGUACAGUAG